AUGGAGCUUCUGGAGCAGAGGAACGAGGCAGAUAUUGGGCUGGGAGUUGGGGACUCUUUGGGGUGCGGGGGUGUCCUGGGGCAGCCGGCGGACGUGGGUGAGGGGCUGGGUGAGGGGCUGGGUGAGGGGCUGGUUGAGGGGCUGGGUGAGGGGCUGGGUGAGGGGCUGGGUGAGGGGCUGGUUGAGGGGCUGGGUGAGGGGCUGGGUGAAGGGCUGGGUGAGGGGCUGGUUGAGGGGCUGGUUGAGGGACUGGGUGAAGGGCUGGGUGAGGGGCUGGUUGAGGGGCUGGGUGAGGGGCUGGUUGAGGGGCUGGUUGAGGGGCUGGUUGAGGGGCUGGGUGAGGGGCUGGUUGAGGGGCUGGUUGAGGGGCUGGGUGAGGGGCUGGUUGAGGGGCUGGCUAAGGGGCUGGGUGAGGGGCUAGGUGAAGGGCUGGUUGAGGAGGCAGAGGAGAUCCUAGGUGUGGGGUGUGGGGAGGUUCUGGAGGAGCGGGGGGAUAUGGUGCGCUGCCGGUUAAAGAUCACCACCAGCCACAACCUGCAGCUCCGCAUGGCCAACCACACGGCCCGGGACGUCUACGUACGCCUGCUCGGCCACGGGGAGUGCAUCUCUGGAACCGGUACAGAACCAUGGAAUCAAUGGGAAGGGGCGGGGGGUGCUGUGUGUGUGUGUGUGUGUGUUUGUGUGUAUAAUCGGUAGUGUAAGGGUAACAGUCCGGGAAAAAACGAUUUAACGAUGUAACAUGUCUGUCUAACCUUGUUCCAUAAACUCAGUUGAUUUACAUGCUGACGUUGUUGUCAGGUCGAGCUUGUUGUUUGUUAAUGGCCUGUUAAUCGUUUAAAGCUUCUUUAUGGCCCUAAGUGUGAACGAGACAUUGGUUGGACUGGAGCAUCAGUGAUGAGCGUCCAGUGUAUCUGUGAUAGGCUCUGCUGUCUCUGUUGUUGGGAACUGGGACUGAGCUCUGCUGCUGUCUGUUGAUGUGAACUGGGACUGAGCUCUGCUGCUGUCUGUUGAUGGGAACUGGGACUGAGCUCUGCUGCUGUCUGUUGAUGUGAACUGGGACUGAGCUCUGCUGUCUCUGUUGUUGGGAACUGGGACUGAGCUCUGCUGUCUCUGUUGUUGGGAACUGGGACUGAGCUCUGCUGCUGUCUGUUGAUGUGAACUGGGACUGAGCUCUGCUGUCUCUGUUGUUGGGAACUGGGACUGAGCUCUGCUGUCUCUGUUGUUGGGAACUGGGACUGAGCUCUGCUGUCUCUGUUGAUGUGAACUGGGACUGAGCUCUGCUGCUGUCUGUUGAUGUGAACUGGGACUGAGCUCUGCUGCUGUCUGUUGAUGUGAACUGGGACUGAGCUCUGCUGUCUCUGUUGUUGGGAACUGGGACUGAGCUCUGCUGCUGUCUGUUGAUGGGAACUGGGACUGAGCUCUGCUGCUGUCUGUUGAUGUGGAACUGGGACUGAGCUCUGCUGCUGUCUGUUGAUGGGAACUGGGACUGAGCUCUGCUGCUGUCUGUUGAUGGGAACUGGGACUGAGCUCUGCUGCUGUCUGUUGUUGGGAACUGGGACUGAGCUCUGCUGCUGUCUGUUGAUGUGAACUGGGACUGAGCUCUGCUGCUGUCUGUUGAUGGGAACUGGGACUGAGCUCUGCUGUCUCUGUUGUUGGGAACUGGGACUGAGCUCUGCUGCUGUCUGUUGAUGUGAACUGGGACUGAGCUCUGCUGCUGUCUGUUGAUGGGAACUGGGACUGAGCUCUGCUGCUGUCUGUUGAUGGGAACUGGGACUGAUCUCUGCUGCUGUCUGUUGUUGGGAACUGGGACUUAGCUCUGCUGCUGUCUGUUGUUGGGAACUGGGACUGAGCUCUGCUGCUGUCUGUUGCUGUCAGUCUAAAGGAGUGUCUGUCUGGUCUGCUGGUGAUAUAAUGGCCACUCUUAGAUGGCAAAGCAGUGUAUCCCCGUGCUGCACUGCAGGCUUUUCAGAACAUACAGUCAGUCAAGUCUAGAGAUCAGACACACUUUUAAUGUUUGUUUGGACAGAGUAUACACUCUUAGGGAAAAAUGUGCUAUCUAGAACCUAAAAGGGUUAUUUGGCUGUCCCUAUAGAAGAACCCUUUGAAGAACCCUUUUUGGUUCCAGGUUGAAAUCUUUUGGGUUCCAUGUAGAACCCUUCCACAGAGGAUUCUAAAUUGAACCCAAAUGGGUUCUACCUGGAUCCAAAAAGGGUUUUCCUAUGGGGACAGCUGAAGAACCCGUUUGGAACCCUUUUUCUAAGAGUGUAGGGGUGCUGUUAAUGUUGAGGAUGAGAAUGCUGUAAGGAUGAAGGUUAAUUCAUCUUUCAUUCUGUGCUGCUGUGUGAGGGGCAUCUGGUUUCACAAGGCUAGAGUGGCAGGACAUAGCGGGGAAAACCCUGUGUGUGUGUCUCUGUGUAUGUGUGUGUUGAGGAGGAGCUGCAGGAAUCUAACAGCUCAUUCUGACACCUGAUAUGAGUACACGAGUACAGAACCACCAGUGAUUACAUUAUUUACUGUUAAACUGACAGGGGAACAGAGAGCGAGGGAGGGAGGGGGAUAGAGGGAGAGUGUCUGGUGAUUCAGUUUUAGGAGGAUCACUCACUCUUCAGUGAUUAGGUGACCUGAAAGAGAGGACUCACUCUUCAGUGAUUAGGUGACCUGAAAGAGAGGACUCACUCUUCAGUGAUCAGGUGACCUGAAGGAGAGGAUCACCAUGAGAUGUCUAGAAUGACAAAACAUCUCCCCUCCCCCUCUCUCCAUCUCCCCUCCACCUCUCUCAUCUCCCCUCCCUCUCCAUACCCUCCACCUCUCUCCAUCCACCUCCAUCUAUCUCAUAGCAACCUAUCUCUUCUCACCCCUAUCUCUCCUCCUCUGCUCUUCUCUUACCGCACCCAUCCACCUCUCUCUAAGCCCCUCCACUCGCCUCCACUCCCCCUCCUCUCUACCCGACUCAUACCUACUCCUCCCUCUACUCAUCUCUGUCCUCUAUCUCCCCUAAACCUCUCCCAUCACUCGCAGCACCUCCCUCCCUCACCCUCUCCAUCUCCCCUCCACUCCUGCAAUCCUCGCCCUCCACCUCUCCCAACUCCCCUCCACCUCUCCGCUACCGCGUCCAGCCACUCUCACCCUCGGCACUGUCCCCAUCCCCUCCACUCAACUCUCCAUCCCCGUCCAACCUCUCUCCAUCUUAUCCCUCAUCUACCCUCCAGCCCACAUCCCUCAGCCUCGCUCACCUCCACAUCCCACAUCACUCCAGCUGCCCCCACUCUCUCCCACCUCCAACCUCUAUCCCCCCUCACCUCUCCAUCCCCUCCACCUCUCCAUCUCCCCUCCAACGCUCUCUCCAUCCCCUACUACGCUCUCCCAAAAUCUGCCCCAUCAACCUCUCUCAUCUCCCAUCCCCCUCUCCAAUCUCUCACUCCACCUCUCGUCGAAUCGCCCCUCCACCUCUCCCACUCCCCUCCCACCCAUCGUCUCAUCAUCCCCUCCACCUCCUCAUCUCCCCUCCACCUCUCUCAUCUCCCCUCCACCCCUCAUCUCCCCUCACCUCUCUCAUCUCCCCUCACCUCUCUCAUCUCCCCUCCACCUCUCUCCAUCUCCCCUCCACCUCUCUCCAUCUCCCCUCUACCUCUCUCCAUCUCCCCUCCCCUCUACCCUCUCUAUCUCCCCUCCCCCUCUCCCCUCCCCUCCACCUCUCUCCAUCUCCCCUCCACCUCUCUAUGUCUCCCCUCCACCUCUCUCUCUCUCUGGCCCUACUGUAUCGCUCUGAGGUCAUUUGCUCGCAAACUCUUUCUUGACUCUGGCUGUUUCCAUAGCAGCCGUCACUGUGUUGUUCCAGGACAGUCCCCCACCCCCUCGCUCUUCCUCUUCAUCUCUCUCUCUCUCUCUCUCUCUCGCUCUCUCUCUCUCUCUCUCUCUCUCUCUUUGUCCAAAGGUUUGAAUCUGUUGGCAUGGUUACUGAGCAGUUUCAUUGGUUCAGUGUGUUUGGCUGUAUACUCUUACAGUAGAUGUGGUCUUAGCCUAAUGAAGCAUUGUGUUUUAUACAAUAUGUACAAAUUGCUCAUACACUGAGUGUUUGUCUUAGAAGUGGCCCAGCGGAUGAGGAAUGUGUAGGCCCAUCAUGUCUCUUGUGAGGUACGGGAGAAAUGCAGACUGGCAGUGAGUCACACAUCACUGGGAGUUUAACCCAGAGCCAUUUCUUAAUCCACAGCAGGAAGACAGCUGGGCCUAUUUUAAACCCACACACACGCGCACGCACACACACACGCGCAUGCACACACACAAACACAAUAUACACAUAAUUAUCCUGUAUGCUGAAGCUUCAGUUAUGCCUCUGAACUACUGAACACAGCCCAGAGUCUUUCAUCACCUCAGGCCUAGGCAGCGAAUAGCCUGAGGAAAAGAUAUGCACACACCUGCAGCCAAUGGGAGCACAGGUGUCCCUAUAUAAGGGGACGCUUCCCCUCAAUCAGCCUCCCGAAAAAUUAUCUUCAGCGAGACUGGAGGGUCGGCAAGGACCUUAAGUCCUAUUGGGCUCCGCUCCACUCAUAGAACUGGAGUUACAACUCCGGUAACUAUCGUUCUAUAUCGUGGAGCUCCGCCCCAUAGGGGAGCUCUGCUCCUAGUGGUUUAAGGCGGAGCGCAACGCUCCAAAAUGUACUCCCUGCCGAGCCUAACACUUACCACGUACUGAAAAGGUCGAGCCCAUCAAUGGCUGCGACGAAGUCCCACAGUACUGUAACACAAUGUGUCACAAUAUACUGUGUCCUCGGUACAAUCCGCUACACUCAGUACAAGCCAAGGCCAAUGGCUAGUGGGCAGAUAACCAGAAUAUGAGCUAUACUAAUCUGAACCAGCAGAUAGAUGGUGCCUCAAUAUCCUGUCAAGAAAAAAACGAUCACUAAUGGAGUGAUACAAAGUGUCACUCUACACUGUGUAUUCGGUUCCACCACACUCAAUCUAUGGAUCCCAAAGAUUGGUGGGUAGAAUCUAGAACAUGAGCCAUACUAAUCUGAACAAGCAGAUAGAUGGUGUCUCAAAAUUCUGUCAACAUUCAAUGAGUGGUCUAAUAGUAAUGUAACACAAGUUACAAACACUAUUUCCCUCCUCAUUCCACCACAAUAGUCUACACUGGUGGACAGGUCAACAACAUGACCUCUACUGUACUGAGAAUAUCAGUCAGGAGUCAUGUCCCAUAUGUCUCUCUCCUAUAAAAAAAAGCACGGACCUAAUGGGAACGAUGCCCAUCGGCCCUGUACCUUUCCCUUCUAUUUCAAGUCCUCCCAUCAGCUACGCUGAGUACAAACUGAACCAGAGAGUUAAAAGACAUAUCCAGAAUUGAGGACAUGAGCUAAAAAUUGAACUGAACAAAGCAGACAGUUAAUGCUCUAAUAUCCCUGUAACUACUGGUACUACAGUGUCGCAACACAAGGUGUCGCUGUACACUGUGCCUUCAACAGUGUUAUCGUGAAUACAUUACCUUCAACAGUGUUAUCUUGUGAUCAAGCCAUCAAUGUUAUGUGAUUAUUGGUGUCGUAAAAAUGUUAGCUAACGGGUUAGCAAUUAGCAGGUUUGAUAUUUCUGUGGAAAUACUACUAUUAUCAGCUUUUUGAUAAGCGGUUUAGCAAAAAAAAAACGUCCCGUAUUAUCGGCAUACGGCCCCCAGUUAUUGGCCACCUUACUAUUCUGUUCAAUUACAAGAUAUAUCCGUUUAAUUUUGUUCAAAAAAGAGACACCAACCACGUACCCGAAGUGUUUACUAGAUAGCUGACUAGUUGGCUAGUCUUCCGGUAAAAAAUAAUGACUUGCCUGUCAACUUUUCAUUGCGUAGCCCGGUGCGCCCUCCUGUGGACUCUUAAAAAAUGGUUCUUCACCAACAUAUUCAGUGUUGUAACCAAAUAAUGUCUCAUCAUUUGUUUUGAGAAAGUAGAUAACAGUUGAAUUCUAAAAUAUGAGUAUUAAUAAUUUACAUCAAAUAAAACUAAUUUCAGUUAUGUGCAUUGACAUAAACAAUGAAAACACUGUUGGAGUUUGUGUUGCAGAGAUGCCCUUGGAAAGUAAAGGAAGAAAUACACAAGAGUGGUUCAAUAAAUAUAUAUAUUAUAUUUUAGACAUUGAUUUUUUUGUACAAAUAAAUAAUUUCAUAUGAACACAAACAAAACAAACAAUUAAAUCUCUACCUCCAUCCCUAUAUUGUCAAAAAAUCACAAUAAUAUUACAGCUCCACCGCUACCUCUUGAUCCCACUGCACACACCUGCAGUGGAAUCAGUGCAGACAUGGUGGGGUUGAGUGGCCGACGAUGGUGUGGCAGGAGAGUAGGCACGUGGCCGCCUUCUGCAGCUGGGGACUCCGGCGGCUCCUACAGGUGUUGCACACUGGGAGGCACUGGCAGUGGUGAUGCAGCUGUCAGGAGUGGUUCCAGCUGGGGGUCCUGCAGAGGCGAUGGCGUCAAUGGUCUCAUCCAUGGCAGCCCUCUCCUGUGCCCUCUGUGUUCUGAGGGCUGCCCAACGCUCUUUCUCCUCUGCCUCUGCCCUCUCCUUCUCACCCCUCUCCUGCCACUGGCGCGUGUAUUCCUCCCCGGUGAGGCAUGUGGCGACCACAGGGAGUCUUCUGUAUUGGUCCAGCCGAUACUUCAGGACAGUAAGGAUGUGCCCCAGGUCCUUCGCUAUCAGCCCACCCUCUAUUAGGGGGUGCUCUUCUAGAGCUAGGCCUGGGACUGGAGCAGGGACUGGGACUGGAGAUGGGGCUGAGGGUUCUCCUGCGGUCGCUGGGGAGGAGGCGCUGAUGGAUGGCACAGUGAUGCUGGUUCCAGGAGAGGCGGUGGUGGGACUCGGUAGGGACCGAGACAACAUUAAACGGGACCCUUCAAUGGCUGAAGGGUCAAAAAGGGAAGAGGCCACACUUCUUAAAGCCUUCCACCACAUAGCGCAUGUCCUUGCAUCGCUGGUACGGGUAGCGGAAUACUCUGGCAAAUUCUGAUUUGAUUACCAUGUAAGAGUGGUCAAAAUGGCUAAGGUCUCCAGCUACCUUGGAGAACUCAGCCUUUAAAGGGCCAAAGUAUGCCACGUCCAGCGGCUGCAGGACAUGGGUGCAGUGUGGUGGAAGACAAAGAAGGAUAACCCCUUCCCUUAGUGCCGCCGCGAGCACCUCCGGGUCCAUGUGGCUCUUGUGCCUAUCGAAGAGGAGAAGGAGAUGGCGCUCUUUCACUGCAUGCUUAAUGAAGUGCAGAAACCACUUCCUGAACAGGUCCCCGUCAAUGUAUCCACUGCUAGCCAAGGCUUGGGAGGGGCCUCCCAGUGUGUAGUGGCCACCGGGGAAACACUUGGGGUAGAUGAUAAACGGGGGGGACGUCCUCCCCAGCUGCGUUGAAGCAGGCCAGCACUGUGAUGUGCUCCUUGGUCCCAGGAGCCUGCUGGUACACGUGUUUUGCGCCCCGGGGAGCCAGCACUUUGUGCCUGCUCUGGUCGCUACGAAACCCAGACUCAUCGCAGUUAUAGAUUGUCAAGGGGUGCUGAAGGUGGGUGUGGUGCAUGAAUCAAGCGCAGGACGCAGAAGCUCAGUCCAAAAGACUUUAGUGCAAUAUUCACGUAGAAAAUAAGCACAAUAAGCCCGCCAGGGUCUGCCGAGGUACACCAUGCACCUUGGUAGAUAAGAAAAUAAAACUGUUACUAGCAGAUAAAAUUCACAUACACAUGGUAAUCUCCUAAAAACAAAAGAUUCCUAAUCUUGGCAGCCUGGCGGAUAGCCAUCCCUGCCCCGCAGUCCUCCAUGGCAUGGAACAUGUCCACCUCACUCCACUGCUUCCUCUUGACUUUCUCCGUGCUGUGGUGUUAAUACAUGUAGCUAAAUAACUUGGCAUACUAUACACAUUUUAGAAAGAUAACUCAAUCUGAAUAUGUAUAAACAUUUACAUUUCAGAGCUAAGGCAUUGAAAGGUGAUUAAAGUUUUCACAAUAACUGAAAGUGUACCCACGUUUUUUGUUUGAUGUUAUCUGUAAUGAAAAUUAGUGUCAAUUAGUACAAUUUGACUAAAUACUGCCUCUAUGUAGCUGUUGUAAGAUUAAACAUAACCAACAGUGAUAGGUGUCAAAAAGUUAAUGGUUCAAAGUUCCAAAUACAUUUUUGCAGAUUGUGCAAUACGCCUCCGUCAGAGGACUUCAAUUUUGAUACGAUAAAGCUUGACAACAUUCCGCUGUUUUCGUGAUAUGUAUUAUCUAACACUUACAAUUUCUUUCCUUUUUUCUGUCUUAGCAGUUCUAUCAACAUUUAGCAACUAAGCUAGUAACAUUAGAAAAUCCGUUAGCUAUAUUUCAGAGGUAAAAAGUUGGAUAUAAAAUUAUGUGUGGUCUGUCGCGUAGUCGAAUUUUACAAUAUGCAGCGUGUUCCACAAAAUGUGUACAUAUAUAACUUUUUUGAAAACGCUCAAAACCUAACUUAACUUACACAAAUUGCACUGAAAAUCGGUGGUCAGCUAGCUAGAAGGGUGUCGUUAGUCGCAAAACUUACCGUUAUUUUCCAGUCCAUUUAAAUGUUGAGCUCGAGGUGAUUUAGUCCUCCAACCGCUAGAGAGUGUCCGAAGUUAGGGGGUGUCCGAUGUUGGGGGAAAAUUAGCUAUAGUGAUCUCAAGGUGUAACUGAAAGAGCAGGGGCACCCUCCGGUGGCUAUGAAUCUGAAUGACAGCUAUUUUGUAGCUCAGAGGAGCCAGCCAAGCUGUAGGAUAACGAUGUUCUCCUGUCUCCCAAGACUGUACAGUCUGUUAAUUUCCAUAUUUAUUUUACAUUCAGCUAUUGGUUUUGACAUGAAACUAGAUAGCCUAUCACUGAACUCAAUAGGGCAAGUAAGUGGAUAAGAUGAACUGAAUAUCAUCUCUCUGUCUUUACAGGACUCCUGGCUCUGAAGGACUCUGUUUACUUGUCCCCCCUGAAGCCGUCCACCACCUCCACGGAGCCGGAGCUAGAGCGGGUGGAGGGUCCUGCUCUGGGGCAGCGCAAGGAACAGGAGGCCCCUACCAGGGCUGGGGGGGAGGCAGAGGAGGGGCAAGAAGAGGAGGAGGAGGAGGAGGAGGAAGAGGAGACGAGUGGAGUCCUGACCAUCUCUGAGUUGGUGUACAACCCCUGUGCCAGCAUGCUGCCCACGCCAGUGGACGACGGCCAGGGAGGGGUGGACCUGCUGUUCCAGAGCCCCAUCCAGAGCCCUGCUCGCCUGCUGAGAGAGCUACAUGCCGACCCUGACAUCCAGGCCCAGCUGGAGGCUGAGAGGGUGCGUGACCGCGCAUUCGAGCGUGCACGUGUGGUGGGGAGGAGCAUGCUGGGUAGCGGGCUCCGCCUCCUGGCGAGGAAUGAGCGGGUGAACACGUGCGUGCUGAGCGCGGUCCGCCUCAUCGCCAUGGUGAUAGGGGUGCUGCUGGUUGCCGUACCGAUGCUGCUGCUGCUGCUGGAGUCGGACAUAGACGUGUCGUUUUUGCACGAAAUCAGGCAGACACCGGAGUUUGAGCAGUUCCACUAUGAGUACUACUGUCCACUGCGCCGCUGGAUCCUCUGUAAGAUCAGCAUGGCCAUGGAGAGGCUGGGAUGGGACUGA